GGCUCACUAUGAGUUUAAGCCAUUUUGGCCCACAACACGAACCGGUGUGAGUGUGAGUGACGACGAUGAACUUGAAGCUUUGUUAUUCUGAAACUUUGAUGGAGGAGACGAUUCUCUGCGAUUCCGAUAUCUUCUGAUCUCCCACUUCCUCUAACACACUGGGAAGACAAGAUUCAAGUAUAUUUUGGACUGUAACAGUAACUUGAAUUUGGUAAGAGAUGGACAGAAUCAGUGGAUUGCCUGAUGAUGUGGUGGUGAAGAUUUUAUCUUUUGUUCCAACAAAAGUUGCUGUAUCCACUAGCAUUUUGUCUAAGCGUUGGGAGUUUCUUUGGAUGUGGUUGCCUAGACUAGAGUUCAUUUCUCUAAAGCCUGAACUUAGGGAUUUUAUUGACAGGAAGUUACCGUUACAUAGAGCUCCCGUGAUAGAAAGAUUGCGUCUUGAUUUGUAUAGCCCAGAUAUUAAACCUGAAGAUAUCAGACGAUGGAUUGAAAUCGCAGUUUCUCGCCAUGUACGUGAGCUGAAAAUUGAUUAUUAUUCGGAGAAUGAAAACAUAUUCCCGAAUAGCUUGUUUACCUGCAAAUCGCUCGUGACCUUGAAACUCAGAAACGUGACUCUCAUGGAUAUUCCCUCUAUGGUUUGUCUCCCUUCUCUGAAAACUUUGAAACUUAAAAGUGUGAAAUUCGUAGAUGAAGAAAUGCUUCAAGAGCUUUUAUCUAUUUGUCCUGUUCUUGAAGAUCUAUCGGUACGUUGUGUUGACGAUGAAAAUGUGAAAGAGUUCACUAUUAACGUCCCGUCUUUGCUGAGUUUAUCACUCGUUAUACCUGAUGAUUGGUUGUUAGAUGAGUAUGAGAUAGAUACUCCUUCUUUGAGCUAUUUGAAACUUGAGGAUUGGAAUGAUUUGGAUCACAACUCUUUGAUUAAGAAUAUGCCUAAGCUGCGGGAAGCGUAUGUCGAUGUUAGUUACCCUAAUCUCGAGAGUGUUCUUGAAUCAAUCACAUCUGUCAAGCAUCUUACAAUAUGUUCAGAGGUUGUGUAUGAUGAUGGUUUAGUUUUCAAGGAGCUUGAACAUCUGAACCUAUGUGUGUGUAGAGAGGAUUCGUCGAAUCUCUUUGGCCAGUUACUCAAGGAUUCUCCUAACUUACGAAUAUUAGACAUCUCUGUAGUGAAAGAUCAUGCAACGGAUGAGCUUAAUGGUACGGUUUCCUGGAAUCAACCGAAUUUCGUUCCUGAAUGCUUGUUGUCGAGUCUACAAACAUUAAAGUGGUCACGAUACUAUGGGAGACCACAAGAUAGAGAUAUUGCGGUUUAUAUCUUGAAAAACGCUCGUCACUUAAAGACGGCAACAAUCUUGGCUGAUACAGAGGAACAUUAUGUUCCAAACCUUCAAAUGAUCAAGGAGUUGGCACUUUCUCCACGAGCUUCAAGCACAUGCCAACUCGUAUUUGUUGAGGAUUUGUAUUCAUCUGUGUAACAUAAAUCUAAUUUCCAUCUAUCCCGUGUGUGUCCACCAAAGAGCAGAUUGUUCCAGAUUUUGAAAACUUGUUUUCGACAAAAAUUUAGUUUAUAUCUUUUUUCUUUUUUUGAAUGAAUGUAAAAUUUAUUCAUCAAAAAAACCGUUGUUACAUCAA